AGUGUGCAAGGAUCCACCCUACAAAGUUGAAGAAUCAGGAUAUGCUGGUUUCAUUUUACCAAUUGAGGUUUACUUCAAAAACAAGACUUUUGCGUGCCUUUGCUGACUGUGGAGACCUGCAAGUCUCAGGAGUUCUCCAGCAGGAGUUCUGGCUUAGACUGAGAUCAAGAGGGCAACUCACCUCACCCUCAAGCAGCAUGUGGAAUUAGGAAGUUUGCAAACAUCCCUCACCCCUAUUUUGGUGUCAUGGAAUACGACAAGCAGCAGUUGGACUGUGAGUCAGCUAGCUCUUCACACAGCUGCAGCUGCAUGCCCUUCCCUGGGGUGGGUGAAUGCAAAGGAAGAGUGGCACAGAAAUUGAGCUGGCAAAUUACCCCUUUCUUCUGGCUCAGCUAUUCUUCCUCCCUUAAGCCACUUCACAGGUAUUCCAGUACAGAAAAAGAGGAGAUAGACAGAAGGAGGAAGAGGAGACACACCAUCAUCAUUUUUUUCAAGGAAGAACCUAAGAAAGUUCGAUUUGACUAUGACUUAUUCCUGCACCUUGAAGGCCACCCACCUGUAAAUCACCUCCGCUGUGAAAAGCUCACAUUCAACAACCCGACAGAGGAAUUCAGAAGAAAGCUGCUAAAGGCAGGAGGGAUCAUGGUAAUGUCAGAUGGAACAUCAUUCUCUUCAGGACAGAGCCUUCAUCUCCCCAGCCUUCCUAGUAACUCCCUGUCUUUUUCUGAAGCGAAGAAGAAGUCAUCUCAUGGGCCAAAGGACCCAACUAGGAUUCUAAACACAAAUAGCAGCAGCAGUAGUAACAGUUUUUCAAAGACCCACAAGUUAACAAAGGAGCACAAAGAAAAAUCUUCUAAAGACUCAAAAGAACAUAAAAGUGCCUUCAAAGAACCUUCCAGGGAACAUAACAAAUCUUCCAAAGAAUCCUCUAAGAAACCCAAAGAAAACAAACCACUAAAAGAUGAAAAAAUGGUUCCUAAGAUGGCCUUCAAGGAACCCAAGACCAUGUCCAAGGAGCCAAAAUCUGAAAACGCCCCAAUCCUUGCCAUAACUUGUGGGCAGCAGCAAGAAAAGAAGACUCUCACAAAAAGGCCCUCUGUGCUGGACUCUGAUGAAACUUCUGCAAAAAAAAGAAAAAAAAACAACUCGGAUUCGUUAUUUAAAAGUUUUUCUAGCACCCCACCACUGAUUCUUACUUGUUCAGCUGACAAAAAACAGACAAAGGAUAAAUCUCAACUCAAAGUGGGGAGAGUCAAAAUUGAAAAUGAUGCACUGGAAGGGAAGACGUCUACUCUGCCGCCUUUUGAUGAUAUUGUAGAUCCCAGUGAUUCUGAUGUGGAGGAAAACACGUCCUCCAAAUCUGAAUCUGAACAGCCGAGUCCUGCCAGUUCCAGCUCCAGUUCCAGUUCCAGUUUUACACCAUCUCAAAACAGCAGACAACAAGGUCUGUUGAGGUCUAUAAUGAAAGAUCUGCAUUCAGAUGAUAACGAAGAUGAAUCAGAUGAAGCAGAUGAGAAGGACAAUGAUUCUGAGUUGGAACAACCUGUAAAUACACAAGGAGGAAGCAAGAGUCGCAGGGUUAGUCUGAGUGAUGGCAGCGACAGUGAUAGCAGUUCAGCUUCCUCACCGCUACGUCAUGAACCAGCACCACCUUUACUGAAAACCAACAACAGCCAGAUUUUAGAAGUGAAAAGUCCAAUAAAGCAAAACAAACCUGACAAACAAAUAAAGAAUGGGGAUUGUGAUAAGGCAUAUCUCGAUGAACUGGUAGAGCUCCACAGAAGAUUAAUGACAUUGAGAGAGAGACAUGUACUGCAGCAGAUAGUGAAUCUUAUAGAAGAAACUGGACAUUUUCACAUCACAAAUACAACCUUUGACUUUGAUCUUUGUUCACUGGACAAAACCACAGUCCGUAAACUACAGAGUUACCUGGAAAUGUCUGGAACCUCCUGAGGAUUCAGCAUCUGGCUGCAUCAAAAUACUGCUCUUUAAAUGACAUAUGUAGAAAGAUGCAACCAAAACAGAGGGGAAAAAAAAUUAAGCAAUCCUCUGCAUCUUUUAUUUUUCCUUAAAGACAGUCAUCAUCUCUUGAUAAGGGAGAGGAAAAGUGACCAGACUUAGAGGACCAGUCUUUCUCAAGAAGAAAAUGCUCUGGAAGAGUUUGCCUGGAUAGCCUUGAAAAACAAACACAGAAAAACAAACAAAAAUACUUGUUCUUAAUGAAUGUGUAUGAUAUCAUAAACACUGCCUUAUUACAUAACUGAUCUAUUUAUUACUGCAUACAUGUAUCCUAAAGUCCAUGAGUCAUUGAGUGACACUACCAGAUGUUGCAAGUAGUGGGAUCCUAUGUGUGCUCUUUUGAUGCAGUACUUUCGCAAGCCUAGUAACCUUAUUCAUGUUAAAAUGCCACUUUUGGCUAUCUUUCACUAUCAAUUAAAACACUAAAGGUCUUGAUUCCACCUCUGCAGUUCCAGGAAACAAGAUACAAACUUAGUGACCAAACAGUGGUUGUAUAUUUCGUUUCCUGUCUGCCACAGUGAGUUGGACCAGAGCAAGUUGGACCACAGCUCCUUCAUUCUGUCCACUUAUUAAUCUUGACCAUGGUAAAAAAAUGCACCAAAUAGUAUCAUAUGACUUGCCGUCUAGCCUCAGUGAAUAAACCAAUAGGAUUUUUAACAAAAAAUGUUAUGUAUACUGUCAUGAAUCUGGCAACUUUUGCAGUCUACAUUCUUGUAUCUGUUGUAAUGUUACAAAAUUAGAUAUAUAUUAGAGUGAAGGUGUUCUGCAGGAUCGUCAUAAAAGAAUAUACUGGUCCUGUCCUUAAAGAAGAGGUUGUAGAAAAUUCUUAAUUUGGAGGUAUUUAUUACUAUGAAUUUCAACACUCUUCUGCUGCCAGUGUGUGACUCACUUCUACCAUAAAACUCUUUGUGUAACAUUUUUGUUUGCCCAUAUAUUAUAUGGUCUGCUUAGUUUGUUUUGGGGAUUUUUUUCUGGUUUUGUUUGGUUUCUAAAACUGCUAAAUUAAAAACUUUUAUUUUAAAAUAAGUAUGUUGUUAUACAGUUACAUGCUGGAAUAAAUACAUCUAUGAUAUUGUCUGUAUGUGUGUGUUUAUAUAUACAUAUAUACUGCACCUGUAUAUAUAUAUGUGUAUAUAUAUACACACACGCGCGCGCAUAUGUGCUUUUUACACUUACUAGAUUUUGGUAUCUGUUCAAUAACUUGCUUGUGUUUCCAGAAGAUCUUCUUGUCUAUAAAAAUGAGUAUUCUUUCAUAGCAUCUAUUAUUUCUUAAAAUCAGGAUCUUUGUUCAUGCGUGAUCAAAUGAGAGGAUGUGUACUCAGUUUCACAUCAAUGCUUCAUGCUCUCAUAUUGCUGAUGGUUUCUUGAUGGAAUCAUCACUAUUCUAUUAGAAAUGCAAAUUCCUAAAAGAAAAGAGGAAAGAAUUAAAAAAUACUUCUGGAUGCAAAGGUUUAUUCAAGUUUACCAGCCUAAAAAAUGUAUCUUGUUACUAGACAGGCCAGUAUGUCGUGUAUGCUUAUAUGCCACGUGUAGUCUCUAUGUGUAGAGCUGAACAGUAGUAGCUUUAUGACUUACUGUUUCAUGUGCACAGUUUGUGCAGCACUGAAAAACUAUUGGGGUUAUUUCUUAUUCAGAUAGUAAAUCUUAAUACUGUUUCUUUAAGUCCAAAGAAAAUUUUACAUUUUACUCUUUUUGAAAGGGCAUGAUAUGUAUUGGCUGGGGGGCUUUUUUCUUAUUUAAGAUGUUGUUUGAUCACACUCCGCAGGAAGUCCUUCUUAGGCUUCCAGAGAAUAAGUGUACUUUUUCAGUAAUGUUAUGACUCUUAUUGAUGAUUGGCAUGAAGCAUACUUGAAACGUUAUGUUGUUCUUUUAAGUCCGUGUCUUAAUGUGCAAUUGGGGAGGGGUGAAGGAAUGGGAGAAUAAUGUUAACAUUACUAUUGACAGAAGGCCGAUGAUAAUGGGGAAGGGAAUAGGGGUGCAUGUGAAGGGGAUAAACUUCAAUUUUUAUUGAUUGUUUUAUAUGAAAAUGUUUGGAAAUCUAAAAGCAACCUUAAAAAUCUUUGGUCAACCAAUGUGUGUUCAACUUUCCUGUCUUUUAGUUAUACCAGAUGUAUAUAGAAAUUUGUCCAUUUUGACUUUUCUAACUAAGUCUUGUGGUAAAGACUCAUUGAGUUUCAGAAGGGGAUACUUCUAGUACGACUAUUGCACUGUUUUUUUAGAAAUGGUGAAAUGAAUCAUUUUAUCCUUUAAAUAGAUAAGCUUUAUUAUACACUGCGAACAGGGGUGGAAGAAAAGAGAAACUGGGAGAAUAGGCAUAAAAGGGAGAAGACAGCAAUUACAGUAUCAAAUCAGUGCUGAAUUUCAUGCAAACUGUGGAUUGUACUUAAACUCUUAAGUUUUCUAAUUCAUUGGGAGAGAAUAAAAUAGACUGCAGGUGUCUAUCUGUGUACUGACUUUUUCACAAAAUUCUGAUGAAACAGAACUACAAAGUUAUGAUCUAAAUUUAAAAGUUUACUGUUUUCAUCUAAUUGUGUAUGCAGAAACAAAAUAAAUCCAUGUUCACAUAAUUUCUGACAUUCAUAUUUCUCUUAAAGAAAAAAAUAGAAGAUACCUUCCAGACUUUAAUGUCUAAGAGCACUGAUCUUUGGGAUGGGUUAAAGUGUUUUGGCAAACAUUUUAGAGUUUUACUUAACAUCAAGCUAUUUAAAACAGUUAUAUGAGAGAAUUUAGAUUAACUCAUUGCAGUGACCAGGUAGAGGUUAGCAGUAACUUCCAAUAUCUAAAGUAAUUUUCAGCAUAAGUGAGUCACUGUUACUAGAGCAGUAGUUGUAUCCAGUAGCAAAGACAGUUUUCAUCUCACAAGUAACUUUACACGUCAGAAAGUGAAUGUCCAAUUGGUAGGCAAGGUUUAAUUUUUGGUAUUUUUUAGAAAUCUGAAUCUGCUGAGAGGCUUUACAAAAAUUUUAAUAUUGUUUAGAUUUGAAGGCCAUCUUAGUCCAUGCUAAAGAGAAAGAGCAAGAAAGGAGGAAGAGGUAUUCACUGAAGUGAAGAGAGUCUUCCAAGGUAAAAGUAAACCCGUGCUCAGCCUUUAGCCUUUGGACGUAGGAAGCAGUUGAUCAUUUCUCUCUCUUCAUUGGUUUGGUCUUUUUAGGAAAAAUCUAUGCUUUCAAUUCAGAAACAAAGUACACAGAGUACAAUGCAUUUGGAGAGCCCAGUAUAUUUCUAUUGAAGUUUCUUUUAGUCUCUGGGAAGGAAAUCACAAGUUCUUGGGUUUUGCCUGGCCCAUUGUUUUUCUUUCCCAUUCUC